AUGAAGCGCACCUUCCCUGCAAUUCGUGCAUGCUUUAUGGUCGGGAUUGGUGGCGGCGUCCCAGGCAAGGUUGAUAUACGUUUGGGUGAUAUUGUGGUCGGAACGAGGGUGAUGCAGUUUGAUUUCGGAAAGGCCCGUCAAGAUGGAGAGCUCCAGCGAACGGCGAUCCCUAGUCGCCCCGAUCAGUGGCUUAUGACGGCUGUAUCUAGCAUCCGCUCGAAGCAUGAAUUCAACCCAAGUCGAGUGCCAUCCAUCCUACAGCAAAAGUUAGAGGGACGAGCCGGUUACGGUCGCCCAAGCACACCAGAUCGCCUAUUUGUUGCGACUUACAAUCAUUCAUCUCUUGGUAGCUGUGAUGAGUGCGAUCAGUCAAAGCUCAUUCCCCGAAGUAGACGGACUUCGGACCCAGUACGGAUUCAUUAUGGCGCGAUUGCCUCGGGAAAUCUGGUCAUGAAGGACAGCAUGGCCCGGGAUACCAUUGCUCGGCAGCUAGACGUCAUCUGCUUUGAGAUGGAAACUGCUGGUUUAAUGGAUACCUUCCCAUGCCUUCCGAUUCGAGGAAUAUGCGACUACUCGGAUUCGCACAAGAGCAAGGAAUGGCAGAGAUAUGCAGCAGCGACCGCAGCCGCAUACGCAAGGGAAUUGCUCGAGGAGUUACCUGUGACUGAAUCGCAUACGAAAAUUGUUUCCCAAGUUGAAACUCGUAAGAACGCAUACCAUACCGAGGAAAACUUUCUGUUGACUGCUGCUUACAUCCGACUCAUAGAUCAUUUUCCAUCUGACGACCGCCGGCAGCGCAUAUUAAAAUCACUCAAGUUCGAGCAAAUGGAUUCCCGGAAAACGAACAUCAAACCGGAACAAAAGAAAACGUGUCGCUGGCUUCUCCACCAUCCUUCCUACGGAGCAUGGCUAGAUCCCGCAAAGCUGACGCAACAUCAUGGCUUUUUGUGGAUCAGUGGUAAGCCCGGUGCUGGUAAGUCGACUAUCAUGAAGUUUGCCUACUUGAACAUGAAGAGCAAGGCCCGUCAGAAGCAUGCUAUCACUAUCUCGUUUUCUUCAACGCCCGAGCUGCUUAUUGGAUACCCCGAUCUUCAAGUUGUUCUAGAUGACACCGACCUAGUUCCAGAAGAUCAAGAUGUUUGCCCUUCAUUGAAUGUUCUCAAGGAGCUAUUUGCCAGUGCAGUCUGCGCCCUUGGUCAGCGCCCCCUUACCUGUUUCGUCGAUGCUCUUGACGAGUGUGACGAACAACAAGUUGUUGACUUGAUUCAAUACUUUGAAGACCUGGCAGAGCAAUCUACGGCUAAAGGUGUCACAUUCAGAGUCUGCUUUUCAAGUCGGCAUUAUCCCUAUAUCGUCAUCAAACAUGGUAUUCGACUUACACUUGAGGAUCAAUCAGGCCAUGAGGAAGACCUAGCAACUUAUGUCGCAAGUCGCCUCCGAGUGCAAAGCUCUGCCCUUGCCGAAAGGCUAAAGUCUGAGCUCCUGGGCAAAGCCGCUGGGGUAUUUAUGUGGGUUGUUCUGGUUGUUGACAUCCUUAACAAGGAGUAUCGAAAGGGCGGAAUGGCCAUGAGAACCAGACUUGCAGAAAUACCCAGUGAUCUGAGUGAAUUGUUUAAAGAUAUAUUGCGACGUGACAGCGACAAUAUGGAGGGUCUCUUGCUUUGUAUCCUCUGGAUAUUGUACGCAAAGAACCCCUUGAAACCGCAAGAGUUCCAUCAUGCUCUUUGGUCCGGUUUGUCAUUGACGGGUUUGGCUGACAGCCAAAUUCCUGAUCCAACUGUGCUAGGCACUGAUGCUGCCUUUGAGGAAUUCAACAUUUACGUUAUCGGCUCCUCAAAGGGACUUGCUGAGAUCACGAAAUCCAGCCAGCCCGCAGUUCAAUUCAUCCAUGAAUCUGUUCGAGACUUCCUUAUCAAAGACAAGGGUCUAUUUGAACUAUGGCCUGAGCUUGGAUUUGAUCCCGAGGGCAUAGGCCAUGACAAACUCAGGCAAUGCUGUGAGCUCUACACGAAUCACCCCGUGAUCUGCACAUUUGUUAGCAGCCUCCUGUCUCAGUCCAGCCCCAACGAAAUGUCAGAAAUCUCAAAGAACUACCCGUUCUUAGAAUACGCCAGUCAAGAUGUCCUCCACCAUGCGAACGCUGCGGCGAAAGUGGUUCCUCAAGACGAAUUCUUGUCCUCUUUUCCCGUUUACAGAUGGAUCGAAAUCAACAAUCUCUUCGAGAAAUUUAACAACCGGAAAUUUACACCCAGCGCGAGUCUAUUUUACAUUCUCGCUGACAAAGGUUUCUCUGAGCUCAUACGGACGAGACUCAAAAGGGAUCUUCUAAUUCAUGUCUAUGGGGAGAGAUACAAGUAUCCGCUGUUUGCAGCUUUGGCCAAUGGCAACAAAGACGCGGUUGCUGCUCUGUUGAAUUUAUCUUCAACCAUCUGUGAUGGAGUAGACAUCACUGACGGUCUUAACCACAGAAAGGAUCUGACAGAAUGGCAAACUCGAACCCCGCUAUCUUGGGCCGCCCAAAGCAGCCGGACUGCCAUUUUGAAACUACUCCUGCCGACAACGGACGUUAAUAUUAUGGAUGGAGGGGGGCGAACAGCACUUUCAAGGGCCUCAGAGAAUGGACUUGAAUUUGCGGCAAGGUUGCUUAUCGAGAAAGGAGCCGACAUCAACGCUGCCGAUAGUUCUGGAAAUACACCGCUUGACCUAGCAUCAGCAAAUGGCCAUGAGCUCGUGGCAAGGCUUCUUAUCGAGAAAGGAGCCGACAUCAACGCUUCCGAUAGUUCUGGAAAUACACCGCUUCACCUAGCAUCGGCAAGUGGCCAUGAGUUAGUGGCAAGGCUUCUUAUCGAGAAAGGAGCCAAUGUCAACGCUAGCGACAGUUUGAUACAGACACCACUUCACCUAGCAUCAUUGAAUGGCCAUGAGUUAGUGGCAAGGCUACUUAUCGAUGAAGGAGCCUAUAUUCACGCUCGCAAUUAUUUUGAACGAACGCCGCUUGACGAAGCAUCAUCGAAUGGCCACAGCGCAGUAGCAAGGCUACUCAUCGACAAUGGAGCUCAACCGAAGCAGGUGAACUAA